AUGGACGUCUUCAUUCCCGAAAUCGAGGAGAACACAGCCCUCGCGUCCGCAAAGCUAAAUUAUAAUGUGUGGAAGACGCGUCGGAUUCAACAUGAGCGUGCGUGGACCCUGUUGGCUGGGUGCACCACACGCUCCCUGCCCGGCUCAGCCCAGCCCCUGGUACAGCUUCUGUCAAAGGUGGAGAAGCUGCCGAGGAAAUUGUGCAUCUUUGACCGUGGGAGAUUCCUGAACCUGGCCGGCUAUCACCUUUUCAACGAAAUAUCCCAGGGAGGCACGCUUCCUUUGGAGCAAAGCCGUACCGAUCAAGUACGACGCUUCCGCGCAGAGCUGGAAAAGCAGCCUGAGCCCCUUCGUGCGUCGGUCUUGUGGCCCUUCAUCGAAUGUGUGAUCGAAUGGUACGGGCUGUUAGAAGUCCACCCGUUCCUCCAAGCUCUCUAUGGAGGUCGAGAGCUCAUAGUCCCGAGCAUCUACCAAUUCAGCCAGGAGACGGAGCUGGCUGAAGCCAUAUCGACCUUGGUCUCUCGAAGUCAGAUCAACCCGAACACCAUGUACACGGUUGCGCAACAAGAGUCUGUGCCCGUGGCCCACAAAACCGCGCUGGAGCAGGUGUUGGGCGAGAUUGUGGCCGACCGCAAGAGGUGCAGGCGCGUUUUCCGAGUCGCCGCCGACAAAACCCAGUUCGUCCUGUGGCCCGUGCUGCUCUGGCUUUUCAUGAUGUGCCACCCGUCCUUCAAGCGAGAUUACGUCCGGGAACUGACCAGCAUGAUUGGUGUUCGUCAAGGGUCCUAUCGUGCAGAGUAUCGUGUGCUGAGAGAGAUUCUGGCCUUCCUGCGCCAUCGGGCGGAGGAAUUUCUCAGCACCAACUUCAUCUGCCCCUACUGGUUGCCGUUGCAUUGUGCAACUUGCGAGUUCUCGGACAAGGCUCGGCAAGCUGCUUUCGCACACGUCGAUCGUACCCACGGCAAACAGUUCGGACUAUGGUAUCGUUCGCAGGAAAAAGAGCACAAGGUCACAGGGGAGACGAGGUCGAUGGAAGUCCAAAUCCAAGCGCCGUGGGCCUUGGGCGAACAAGCAGACUAG